UCCGUUCACGCCAGUCUUUUAUUAUGAAGGUCGGUCCGCGCUGACACUUCCUACAGGUAAACGUCAACUCGCUAGCAGCUACAGGCUAGCCGAGUGCGUGGAAUAAAAUCGGCGCCCAGGGGAACCGAACCGGCGACCGCUUUUCAUGCUGACGCCUCGCUGACGACACUUCCACGAAGUUGUUGGCGGUCGUGUUCCGUCUCCAUGGCUACCGAGGACUUUUACGAGGUGGAACGGAUCGUGGACAAGCGGAAGAACCGCAAGGGCCGGACGGAGUACCUGGUUCGAUGGCGGGGGUACGGCUGCGAAGGUGACACGUGGGAGCCCGAGAGUCACCUGACCACGUGCAUGGUGUACGUGCACGACUUCAACCGGCAAUAUGCCCAACAGCGCCGAGACGCCACCCUGCUGCGCUCCACUCGCAGCUACCCGUUUGGCCCGCCCGCUGGCCUCGGACAGCUUCGACCCGCCGCCGGCCCGGAUCCCUUAUCGGCCUCUCGACCCGCCCCGGCUCACCUGGCCGCCGCCGCCGGACUCAAGGGGACGGCGUGUCCGACGACGGCGCCUCCGAUGUCCGUGCCGCCGGUCGGCCCCGCGCGUCGCAGUCUGGACCUGGCCAAAAGUGGGAUUAAGAUCCUGGUGCCUCGAAGCCCCAUGAACACCCUCCUGCAGUCGCCCAGCGAGGCGGCGUCAAGCGAGGCGGCCCACGGCACGGAUGCCGGCGCCCGCGACGCUCACGGCGUGCCCCCCGAAGUCGCCCUGGAGCAACCGACCGACGUCCAGCCUGGCCCGGGGCAGCUGCGCGCCCGCAUGGGGAUCAGGUCGCGCAGCCACAACACUCCACCGGCAACGCUCGCGGCCGUCCGAUCGCUCAGUGGCGCAGGCGCUUCGGGCACGACUGAGGAUGUCGGCGCCGGCGGGAGGCCGGCAGUUAACGUGGCGACGUGCGCCCCGGCAAAACGGCGUCCGGAGGAACACGGCGCAUUUGACAAACGCUUGCGCUUCAGCGUGCGUCAGACAGAGAGCGCCUACCGCUACCGUGACAUUGUGGUCAAGAAACAAGAUGGCUUCACGCACAUCCUGCUGUCCAGCAAGAGCUCGGAAAACAAUGCGCUCAACCCUGAGGUGAUGAAAGAGAUCCAGAGCGCCAUGGCGACGGCGGCCUCCGACGACAGCAAGUUGGUGUUGCUGGGAGCCGUCGGGAGCGUCUUCUGCCGCGGCCUCGACUUCCUCUACUUCGUCAAACGCCUCACGGACGACAGGAAAAAGGAGAGCAUCAAGAUGGCCGAAACCAUCAGGACCUUCGUCAACACGUUCAUCCAGUUCCGCAAACCUAUCGUGGCCGCCGUCAACGGGCCGGCGCUGGGCUUGGGCGCCGCCAUCUUGCCGCUGUGUGACGUGGUGUGGGCCAACGAGAAGGCCUGGUUCCAGACUCCCUACGCCGAGUACGGACAGACGCCCGACGCCUGCUCCUCCUUCACCUUCCCGCGCAUCAUGGGCCCCCCCUCGGCCAACGAGCUGCUCCUGAGCGGCAGGAAGUUGACGGCGCAGGAGGCGUGUUCAAAGGGGUUGGUCUCGCAGGUUCUGUGGCCGGGAACCUUUGCGCAGGAAGUCAUGCUGCGCGUCAAGGAACUGGUCGCCGUCGACUCGCUCGUCCUGCGCGAGUCCAAAGCCUUGAUGAGGAACUCCAGUCGAAGUUCUUUGGAGCAAACAAACGAGCGCGAGUGUGAAGCCUUGAAGAGAAUUUGGGGCUCGUCGCAAGGAACUGACGCAAUCCUCCAGCACCUGCAGAGAAGCAGAGAGCUCUACUAGGACCGGGACCGGGACCAGGACUAGGACUUGCUUCCAGGUGAUGGCUGGACUUAUUGUUUGAGCAUAAAGUAAGUUAUAAAUGGACGUACACUUGCUUCCAGGUGUGGACUGGACUUACUGUCUGAGCAUAAAGUAAGUUAUGUUAGCCAGGUGAACUUGUAGCCACGCUGGGCUCGCCUGAAGGAGCUCCAAUGUGAAAUUCGACCCAAUCUUUGGAGGCGUCCUCGUCGAAGCCACGUGAUGUAGUUGGCACAUUUGUACUUUUUCUACGUUGGCAAGUAAACAGAGAAUCGUUGUCGUACUCGUUUCAAUUUACACGGAGGCAGCUACCGACCCUGCUUUCUUGCAACUUUCCUUCCUCUGAGCUCCAUCCAGAUGUCAUGUGGAGCUUUUAGGACAGGAUCCCCAACCAUCAGGUCACCCGCAGACUGAACUUUAUUUUUUAUGUGUAGCGGGAGACGGGCCUUCAUAAGUCAUGCAGGCUGGACACCA